GACGUCAUCAUCUGCAGCGGCUGCUCGUCGUCGCUGGAAAUGUGCAUCACGGUGCUGGCCAACCCCGGCGACAACAUCCUCGUACCCCGGCCCGGCUUUCCGCUCUACCAGACGCUGGCGCACUGCAUCGGCAUUCACACCAAGUUCUACAACCUGCUGCCGGAGCGAGGCUGGGAGGCUGACCUGAAGAUGCUGGAGGCCCAGAUUGACGCCAGCACGCGCGCCAUCGUCAUCAACAACCCAAGCAACCCGUGCGGCUCGGUGUUUGACGAGGCUCACCUGCGCCAGAUUCUGGACAUCGCCGCCCGGCGCAAGGUGCCCAUCAUCGCAGACGAGAUCUACGAUCAUUUCGUAUUUCCCGGCAACAAGUUUCAUUAUAUCGCGUCGCUGACCAAGGAGGUUCCUAUCUUGUCGUGCAGUGGUCUCACAAAGCGGUACCUGGUACCCGGCUGGAGAAUGGGAUGGAUCACGGUCCACGACCACGAUCAUGUUCUGAAGGAGGUGCGGGCUGGUCUGCAGAGGCUGUCAACGAGGACGAUCGGUUCCAACACGCUCGUGCAGGGGGCGCUGCAGGCCAUUCUCAGCCGAACACCCGGCGAGUUCUUCCGGUCCACCUUGGAGGUGGUGCAGACGAACGCCGAGAUCGCCUACGGCGCGCUCUCGGCCGUAAAGGGUCUGAAGCCGGUCAUGCCUCGUGGAGCCAUGUAUAUGAUGGUGGGCAUCGAGAUGGAACGGUUCCCCGAGUUCAGCUCCGACCUGCAGGUGGUCGAGGCCAUGGUCACCGAACAGUCCGUCUUCUGUCUGCCGGGCAAGUGUUUCGAUCUGGCCAACUACGUGCGUCUGGUACUGACGGUGCCGCCCGAGUUCAUGCGCGAGGCAUGCGAACGCAUGGCAGAGUUCUGCGCCACCCACUACGUCGAACCUGACGGCCACCAGUCAGAACUCUCCGACGCCGACGAGGUGACGUCAUCCGAGCCCGUCAAGUGCGACUGCGGUGCCAGUGACGUCAUCCGCUUAGAGAUCGCCAGCGCCACCCCCGACACGUGACCGCGACGCGAAUACCAGCUUGCGCUUUUGACUCACAGAUGGAAUGGCGGUGGAGGCGGCGAUGCCCGUUUGUGGUGCUAGGUUGGCAUUAGCGGCUGCGUUGAUGCUACGGUGAACGACAGCAAACCAAGGGUUCUGCAUCGAUGGGAUGUGUGUGUGUGUGUGUGUGUGUGUGUGUGUGUGUGUGUGUGUGUGUG